AUGGCAUCAUCAUUGUCCAACACUCGAAAACGUCGAGCAACGGGUGCUCCUGCGUUUGUUCGACAUCAUAUCUUGUCAAUGAAGGAGCUUGUUGGUGCACCACCAGACGCCCCUUUGACCACUUCUCUGCAUCGCAUCACGAACGACAACCGACGCGUCCAUACACAGAGUCUUGUUGUCAAGCCCACUUCUCCAGUCAAACGAGCACGGCUAAACCAUCUUCAUCGCCAGGAUGGAGCUCUCAAUUAUACUCCCGCCGAGGAUCCUGAGAGAUAUGAGAUAUGUUUGGAAGGCGAAGAAGAAGAAGAAGACGAUGUAGAGACCAAUGCGGCUCGACACAGCCAACCUGCAGCCUUCAGGACCCAGCAAUGGAUCGAUGGAUGCGUGAAUGCCGGGACUCUUUUUUGCAGUCUCUCCUCUGGCGUGAUGGACGAGGCAAGGAAGGAGACCUCUGCGGUACAUGUCAUGACAGCGCCUCUCCAGCCAUAUACCGCUGCCUAUCUUGCUUUGGUGGAGCUAUGUUAUGUCAAGGCUGUUGUGUCGAAGCUCACCGGGCUAACCCCUUGCAUUUCAUCGAGACUCUCACAGAAAUGGACGGGUGUGUACUUUAUCAAGACCACUCUUCAUAGCCUUGGUCUACGCAUCCAACUCGCGCACCCACCCAACGAAAUCUGUGACCGCCCAAUGGCAGGACGAAGUGACUUUGUGGUUUUGGCAGCUAACGGGAUACACGAAGUUGCCGUGGACUUCUGCGGCUGCAUGGGUCAUGACGCAGACUGUGUUCAGUUGUUGAAGGCUGGAUGGUAUCCGGCGACGAUGGAGUUUCCACGAACUGCCGCAACCUUGUCCUGCUUGGACUGA